UGGCAGCAUAAUCUAUCUUAACCAUUGAGUGGCAUGCAUGCGACAUUUCAACUUGAGACGUGAUAACCAAACUUUGCUCCUGAAUAAGAGUAUUCAGUUCUGACACGUUAAAUUUGUAAUAUUAAUUUGAUUAUUUGUGAAAUUUCACAGUAUAAUAAGAAUGUCUGGCCGCGAAGGUGGUAAGAAAAAGCCCCUGAAGGCACCAAAGAAGGAAUCAAAAGUAUUGGAUGAAGAAGAUGUAGCAUUCAAGCAAAAACAAAAGGAACAGCAGAAAGCGCUCGCUGAAGCUGCAAAGAAAGCAAGUCAAAGGGGUCCUCUUGUCACUGGUGGUAUAAAGAAAUCUGGCAAAAAGUGAUGCAGUUAAGACUGAGAAUAAAUACAAUUAUCUUACACACCGUGUUCUUAUCAAGACAUGAUUUUGAUAUUAUCAACUAGUAUACCAUCUGGAACAUGUUUCAGACUUCCAACUCUGAGAAAUGGUUAAACAUUUGUAAAUAAAACAUUUAUGGAUUAAAUCAUAGCAAUAUACACAUUUCAUAGGUAUUUGCAUUUUUAAUAUGUUAUUGAUAUCACAUUGAAACGCAGUUAAAACGAUUUCAUAUACUUCUAAGUUUGUAAUAGAUCUACAUAAGCGUUAAGUACUGAUAGUUGUGAAAUAAUAAAAAUUCUUUUUAAAUAA